CAGACAACAGAUGGAGCUGAACGAGCUUAUUCGCAAACACAAGAACGAGCGCAAGCAGUACAAGGUCUACCGCAAGCAGCUGCCGGCCGGCGAGGAGUCGGACGAAUCCGACGAUGCGCUCGAGGUGCAGCCCUCUACGCAGAAGCGCCCGAGCCUCGGCAACGUGACACUCAGCAGUAACGAGAGUGGCGUCGCCAUAACGACGCUGGACAACAACAACGUGUCGCCGCGCCGACGCAAGAGCGACAACGACGUCGCGGCGCUCCCUGCCGGCGGCGGCCUGCGCGCCCGCGACGACCAGGCACAAUCAACGGACAAACGCAAUGUGAUAGAGACUGGCCCGCCAAACACGGGCAAAUCCUAGCAGUAGGGGGCGCCGGCGGCGACGACGACGAAAGGCGAGUCUGUGAUGUGGCGGCGGCGGCGGCGGCGAUUGUUGUGAUGACUGACUGUCCAGGGGGCGCAAGCGGGCGAUCGGUGAUAUAUAAUUCUUAAAGGUGCUGCCAUCUGCCGGGAGUUUUGGCGCGGCCCGGCGGGCGGGGGGGCGUGACGCGUAACGACGUCACGUACGGGAGUGAUGACGACGAUGACAAGGAUUUCUGCGAACGUCUCACGAGGACGCGGACGCUGCACUAGCGGCGCCCUCUGGUGUUCUGACGCGCGUGAAUUUCUUGAGGGGGCGCUAGUGAUCGCUACGUUGCCAUUCCCUCGCCACGAGCGGUGUGCUACAUACCCUGUACGUGCCAGGAAGAUGAAGAGGAGGAGGAUGAGGAGGAGGAGGAGAAGAGAAGACUGUGAGAAGGAACAUCAGACGAAGGCAAAGGAGGCGGAGAAGGAAGACCAGCGGAAGGAAGGAAGAUUAGAAGGAGGAAAAGCAGAGAGCGUCGUGGGGAAGAAUUGGAGAGAGAGAGCCCGCCCCUCCACGCAGCAGCGACAUCGCGUCCAGAGAAACGUCCGUAACGCCUUUCACGUCCUCCUGCAGAACCCCAGUGAGCUCAAUACCUCCCCCCCCCCCACUCAACACAUAAAUGGACUGUUCCAGCCCCUGCCCUUGUACGUGGGCACCCGCCGGGCAGGCCUUAUGAAGAAAUCGAAGAAAUAAGAGACUUUCAAUAUGAUCUUUGCCAUUGAUGUCAGUAUUCAGUAUUGUUUCUACGUGCGGGCAAGGCAAGCGUGGGGAAACUCUCCUCACAGCGGGACUGUUCUUUGACAGGAUAAAUUAAAGUAGUAGUUGGCGCACUAGACAUCUCGCAAUCUAAACUGCGUGAGCGCGAACGUUGCGCGUGCGCUAGAGAAGGUGUGAAUUAAUAGACAAUAGUUGUGAGUACUGAAAGUGGAGAGCACGCAAGCAGGCAGAGAGCAAGCGCGAUUGGAAGAGAGAGAGAGAGAGAGAGAAAGAGAGAGAGAGGCGAACAUAA